AUGGGCCUCGAGUCGACGAUGAUCGUCGUGGACACGUCCGAGUGGAUGCGCAAUGGCGACUACGUUCCCUCGCGCAUCGAGGCGCAGGGCGACGCCGUGAACCUUCUCGUGACCUUCAAGACGAACGCCAACCCGGAGAGCACGGUCGGUAUCCUCGCCAUGUCCUCGACCGUCAACGUGCACAGCAAGACGGUCUCGCUCCUCGCGAGCCCGACCGACAAUAUUGGGAAGCUCCUCAACGUCAUGCACGAGAUCACGCCGGCCUCGAUCGGCGGCACGGUCCAGUUUUCAGAGGCGAUCCAAGUCGCGCAGCUCGCGCUCAAGCACCGCCGCAACAAGAAGGGCAGCGCGCGCAUCGUCGUGUUCCUCGGCUCGCCCAUUGACGAGGAUGACAAGGCCUUGGUCAAGAUUGGCAAGCUCUGUAAGAAGAACAACAUUGGCGUCGACGUCGUCUCGAUGGGCGACGUCGACCGCAACGCGCCCAAGCUCCAGGCCUUUGUCGAUGCGGCCAACAGCAACCAAAACAGCCAUCUGAUCACGGUCCCGCCGGGGGUGUUGCCGUCGGACGUCUUGGUCUCGUCGCCGAUCUUCCACGGCGAUGGCGAUGGCGGCAUGGGCGCUGGCAUGGGCGGCGGUGCCUCGAGCUCGAACGAUUUCGCCGAGUUUGGAGGCGUCGACCCGAGCAUGGACCCCGAUCUUGCUUUGGCGCUCCGUGUUUCCAUGGAAGAAGAACGUGCCCGGCAGGAAGCUGCUGCGAAGCGCGCUGCCGAAGAAGCGACCAAGAGCGAGCCUCUGGCACCUAUCGCCGAGACGACGCCGGCUGUCGAGGCAACGCCAGUCGUUGCGGAACCCAAGGCCCCGGCGCCGCCUGCUCCGACGACGACGUUUGCGACGCCUGUCAAGCAAGCGGCGGCUCCCGUAGAGACGCCCAAGGCCCCCGUGAAGGAAGCCGUGGCUGCGCCCGCGCCCGCGCCGGCGUCGACGAUGCCUUUUAUGGACCCCAACUUUGUCAGCUCGCUUCUCUCGGGUCUGCCGGGCGUCGACCCGAACGACCCGAAGAUCCAAGCCGCCAUGAAGCAGAUCACGCAAAAGGACGACGAGAAGAAGAAGAAGGACGACGAGAAGAAGGACUAA